ACACUUCUCGCAGGUACAGACUAAGUAACCGGGUGGCAAUUUUAGGAUGCAGAAAUCACCUGUCGAAGAUGCCAACUUCCUCUCCAGAUAUUUCUUUUGUUGGACAUCUCCAAUUUUGAGAAAGGGGUAUAAACAGAAACUAGAGCUUUCAGAUAUAUAUAAAGCUCCAUCUUUUGACACAGCUGACAAUCUUUCUGAACGCUUGGAAAGAGAAUGGGACAGGGAGCUGGCGUCCACCAAGAAGAGGCCCCGCCUCUUCAGGGCCCUGGCGCGAUGCUUCUUCUGGCCUUUCGCCUUCUACGGAGUCCUGCUCUACUUCGGGGAGGCCUCCAAGACGGUGCAGCCGCAGCUGCUGGGGAGGAUCAUCGCCUCCUUCGACCCCUUCCACGCGCCCGAACGCUCGCAGGGCUUCUACCUGGCGCUGGGGCUCUGCCUCCUCUUCACCGCCCGCUUCCUGCUCCUCCAGCCCGCCAUCUUCGGACUGCACCACCUGGGAAUGCAGAUACGGAUAGCCCUGUUCAGCCUCAUAUAUAAGAAGACUCUAAAGCUCUCCAGUCGGGUUCUGGACAACAUCAGCACCGGGCAGCUGGUCAGUCUCAUGUCUGCACACCUGAACAAGCUGGACGAGAGCCUGGGUCUGGCGCACUUUGUGUGGAUCACGCCGCUGCAGUGCAUCCUGUGCGUGGGGCUGAUCUGGGAGCUGAUCGAGGCGUCCGGAUUCUGCACCCUGGCCGCCCUCACCCUGCUGGCCAUCAUGCAGGCCUGUCUGUCCCAGAAAAUGGGCCCCUACAGGACGAAGAGGGCAAAGCUGAUCAGCAAGAGGCUGGCGCUCACGUCCGAGAUCGUGGAGAACAUCCAAUCAGUCAAAGCCUACGGCUGGGAGGAGAUCAUGGAGACCAUCAUCAAAAACAUAAGACAGGACGAGAUGACCCUGACCAGGAAGAUCGGCUCCCUGCGCUACUUCUACAGCGCGGCCUACUUCUACUCGGCCUUCAUCGUCAUCAUCGCCGCCAUCGUGCCCUUCGCGCUCAGCAAGGGCAUCAUCCUGCGGCGCAUCUUCACCACGCUGUCCUACUGCAUGGUGCUGCGCAUGACGCUCACCCGCCAGUUCCCCAACUCCAUCCAGAUGUGGUACGACACCGUGGGCCUCAUCAACAAGAUCGAGGAGUACCUGACUAAGGAGGAGUACAAGGUGCUGGAGUACAGCCUCACCACCACGGAGGUGGAGCUGAUGAAUGUGACGGCCUCCUGGGAUGAGGGAAUUGGAGAACUGUUUGAGAAGAUCAAACAGGAGAACAAGAACAGCGGACACCCCAACGGCGACGCGGGACUGUUCUUCACCAACCUGUACGUCACGCCCGUCCUGAAGAACAUCAGCUUGCACCUGGAGAAGGGGCAGAUGUUGGCUGUCGCCGGCUCGACUGGAUCAGGAAAGAGCUCCCUGCUGAUGAUGAUCCUGGGGGAGCUGGUCCCCUCGGAGGGCAAGGUGAAGCACAGCGGCAGGAUCUCCUUCUCCCCGCAGACCUCCUGGAUCAUGCCCGGCUCCAUCCGGGACAACAUCCUGUUCGGCCUGACCUACGACGAGUACCGCUACACCAGCGUCAUCAACGCCUGCCAGCUGGAGGAGGACCUCGCCCUCCUCCCAGCCAAAGACAAGACCCCCCUGAUGGAGGGAGGGGUGACGCUCAGCAGCGGACAGCGGGCCCGUAUCGGUUUGGCCAGAGCGGUGUACAAAGAUGCUGACCUGUACCUCCUGGACUCUCCUUUCACUCACCUGGACAUUGUGACGGAGAAAGAAAUAUUCAACAGGUGCCUGUGCAAACUGAUGGCUGCCAAGACCCGCGUGGUGGUCACCAGCAAGCUGGAGCACCUGAAACGGGCCGACAAGAUCCUGCUGCUGCACAACGGCAUGUGCUACUUCUACGGCACCUUCGCCCAGCUGCAGUCCAAGCGGCCCGACUUCAGCUCGCUGCUGCUGGGCCUGGGGUCGUACGACAGCAUCGCGGCCGAGCGCCGGGGCUCGGUGCUGACCGAGACGCUGCGCCGCGUCUCCGUGGACGAGACGACCGGCUCGCGGGCCGACGCCCCCGGCGACGGCCCGGACAAGCGCCGGCCCUCGCUGGUCCUCAACCCGCUGGCGGCCUCCGCCGCCGCCGCCGCCUCCCGCCGCUUCUCCCACGCCCGGCUGCCCGAGGACGAGGAGGACGAGGAGGCGGCGGAGAACCGGUUCUCGGUGGUGCCCGAGGACGAGCAGGUGGAGGAGGUGCUGCCGCGGGGCAACGUGUAUGCCCACGCCCACACCCUCUCCCGCCAGCGGCGCCAGUCCGUCCUGGCCUUCAUCACCAACGCCCAGGACCAGAAGCGCCGGGACCAGAACCAGCAGGCCUUCCGCCGCAGGCUGUCCGCCAAGCCCCAGAGCGAGCUGGCCUCCGAGCUGGACGUCUACGCCCGCCGCCUCUCCAACGACAGCGUCUACGACAUCAGCGAGGAGGUGGAGGAGGAGGACAUGGAGGAAUGUUUUGCAGACGAACGUGAGAAUGUGUUUGAGACUACCUCAUGGAGCACGUACUUCAGAUACGUGUCCACCAACAGGAACCUUGUUUUUACCCUCAUCUUCAUCGCUGUGGUCUUUGUGAUUGAGGUGGCUGGGUCAGUGAUUGGCAUAUUUCUGAUUACUGAUAAAAUCUGGCGGGAGGAGGACGAGAGCACGCACCCCAACAUGUCCUCCCAGGGAACGCACUACGCGGUCAUCGUCACGCCCACCAGCGCGUACUACAUCAUCUACAUCUACGUGGCGACGUCGGAGAGCGUGCUGGCGCUGGGCUUCUUCCGGGGGCUGCCGCUGGUGCACACGCUGCUCACCGUGUCCAAGAAGCUGCACGAGCAGAUGCUCAGCGCCGUCCUGCGCACGCCCAUGGCCGUGCUCAACACCAUGAAGUCGGGUCGGAUUAUGAACAGAUUCACCAAAGACAUGGCCACCAUCGACGACAUGCUGCCCCUCAUCCUGUUCGAUUUGGUCCAGCUGACCCUGAUCGUGCUGGGCGCCAUCUUCGUGGUGUCCAUAAUGAGGCCGUACAUCUUCAUCGCCGCCAUCCCGCUCACCAUCGUCUUCGUGAUCCUGAGGAAGUACUUCCUCCGCACCGCGCAGCAGCUCAGGCAGCUGGAGGCCGAAGCCCGCAGUCCCAUCUUCUCCCACCUGAUCCUCUCGCUGCGCGGCCUGUGGACCAUCCGCGCCUUCGGACGCCAGUCCUACUUCGAGACCCUGUUCCACAAGGCCCUCAACACCCACACCGCCACCUGGCACCUGUACCUGUCCACGCUCCGCUGGUUCCUCUUCCGCAUCGACAUCCUCUUCGUCCUCUUCUUCACCGCCACCGCCUUCAUCGCCGUGGGGACCAACAGGGACAAGCCCGGUGAGAUCGGCAUCAUCAUCGUCCUGGCCAUGCUGAUCCUGGGCACCUUCCAGUGGGCGGUCAUCACCAGCAUCACAGCGGACGGCCUGAUGCGAUCCGUGGAGCGCGUCUUCAAGUUCAUCGACCUGCCGUCGGAGGAGGCCAGGCCCGCGGGCCGGGGCAAGGACAAGGACCUGGUCAUCGAGAACCCGCACGUCCACGACACCUGGCCCUCCAGGGGUCAGAUGGAGGUCAGGGACCUCACCGCCAAGUACACGGAGGCCGGGAGGGCCGUCCUGCAGAAGCUGUCCUUCAGCGUGGAGGGCGGGCAGACGGUGGGCGUUCUGGGGCGGACAGGCUCGGGGAAGAGCACCCUGCUGGCGGCCCUGCUGCGGCUGGCCUCCACGGACGGAGAGAUCUCCAUCGACGGCGUCUCCUGGAGCUCUGUGCCCCUGCAGACCUGGAGGAAGGCUUUCGGCGUGGUUCCCCAGAAAAUCUUCAUUCUGACGGGGUCGUUUCGCAUGAAUCUGGACCCCUAUCUCAAACACAGCGACGAGGAGCUCUGGAGAGUCGCAGAGGAGGUGGGGCUGAAGUCGGUCAUCGAGCAGUUCCCGGACAAGCUGGACUUCCAGCUGGAGGACGGCGGCUAUGUCCUGAGCAACGGGCACAAGCAGCUGGUGUGCCUGGCCCGCUCCGUCCUCAGCAAGGCCCGCAUCCUGCUGCUGGACGAGCCCAGCGCCCACCUGGACCCCAUAACGCUGCAGGUGCUGAGGAAGACUCUGAAGCACUCUUUCUCCGACUGCACCGUCAUGCUCUCCGAGCACCACGUGGAGCCCCUGCUGGAGUGUCAGUCCUUCCUGAUGAUCGAGGGCAGCUCGCUGAAGACGUACGACUCGAUCCAGAAGCUGAUGAACGAGACCAGCCACCUGAAGCAAGCCAUGAGCAGCCUGGACCGGCAGAAGCUCUUCCCGCUCAACCGCCGGGUCUCCAGCAAGCGCGGGGCUAAGCCAAUCAGCUCGCUGCGGGAGGAGGCGGAGGACGAGGUCCACGACACCCGCCUCUGA